AUGGAAGCGUGGGUACGUGAUAAAGUAUCGCUUCUCAACUUGGAUGCUUCAGUCUACGUCGACUAUGCAUUGGGUUUACUACAAGAUCAAGACGAGUCGAUAUCUGAGAGAGUAAACAGCGUAAUUUCCGUCUUCAUGGGUGCAGCAGACGGUCUUGUACCUCAGCAUGUAUUGGAUGAGAUUCUAGACGUUGAGAAGAUGACACAAGACGUUGAAAAGCUGCUUCAGCUUAAAGAAGAAGAGAUGCAAAAAGCGAGUGAACUUGAAUUAGAAGAGAAGACAUUGAAGGAUUUGCAACUUCGUGAGAAACAACGAGAAGAAGCUGAGGAGGCAGCACGACAAGAGAAGCAGAAAGCAGCUGAUCGGUACAAGAAUAUGACACGGAAAGAGAUGAUGGCACGUGAGCAACUUGUGAAUGAGUAUGGUCUUCUAAGUCUUUCCGAGUUUGACGAGGAUGGGAACGUAGUGAAGGUGAAGGAUAGAGACAAGACCAUAGAUGACAUUGGUCCUUCGAAUUCGAAUCGACAGAGAGCACAAGAAGCACAGAAUUCAUUGCGAGAAAAGAUGAAAAAAGAACAUGAAAAGAAAGUCAAGUAUGAGAAAGAACUUUUAGCGAAAGAUAAAGCACGCAAUGACAAGACGAAAAAGAGAACAAUGAAAAAAGAAAAACAACGUGGUUGUGGAUAA